AUGUUUGGGGACAGAAUCGUUGCCAGUCUGAACUACGACAGCUGGCCCAUACACCACGACUCGGUCCCACAGGCAUAUAAGGAUACCUUCCAAUGGGCCUUCGACUCACGGCUCUCGGACUGGUUCCGCUCCGAGAGUGGUACUUUCUGGGUAUCAGGCAAGCCGGGGUCCGGGAAAUCCACCUUCAUGAAAUUCAUCGCGAGGCAUCCCCGGACAAAGGAUCUACGAGCAGGCUGGGCAGGCUCGGCAGAUACGCUUGCCGUUGCGGCGCACUUCUUCUGGAUAGCGGGCACGCUGAUCCAAAAGUCAUGGCAGGGGCUGCUCCAAUCUUUGCUCUUCGACGUGUUUCACAAACGCCCCUCCGUCGUGUCGCUGAUCAGCCCUGAUCGCUGGGCGGCCGCCAAGGCCGGACACUGGCAGGCUGCCGCCCAACCCUGGUCUGUAACUGAGCUCGCGGUGGCGCUUCGAGCGCUGGCAUCAUCUGACAGUCUGCCGCUGAAGAUGUGUUUCUUCAUCGAUGGACUCGACGAGUACGACAGCGACCAUGCCGAGCUUUGUAAUGUUCUACGUGACAUGGCUAGCUCUCAUCAUAUCAAGAUGUGUGUUUCUAGUCGGUAUCUUUAG